UUUUACUCACGGUGUCGCUAUCUGCCAGUCUUAGUGAAGCGUUUUCUUUCCACCCUCUAGUGUGUUGACCAAUGAAAGGCUGGUUUUUCAGUUGCUGUUGGUCCUGGGAUGCAGCCACACUAACUGUGGACUGCCGCCUGUAUCUUCUAUUGUCUUCGGUACUGAAUCGUUUUUGAACCUGACAUCUAUCCGAGCACCGUUUUUGUGUAUCAAAUACAUUGCCACAAUGGGGCGCCGAAUUGAGUGCUUCGUUUUCUUUUUACUGUGGCAUGCCGCGAAGGGGGAUACGAGCUUUUCUUUUCAGGAAGAAAUGAAGCGCGGAUCUGUCAUUGGGAAUAUAGCAAAGGAUCUUAAGCUGGACGCGAGUAAACUAUCGUCUCGAAAUGCCCGUGUUGAUUCUGCAGGGAACCGCAAACGUUUCUGUGAAAUCAAUCUCAGCACUGGAGAUUUAAUUGUUGCCGACAGGAUUGACAGGGAGGAGCUUUGUGGAGAAAAGCUGUCGUGCGUAAUAAAACGCGAUCUUGUGCUGGAAAACCCACUGGAACUGCAUCCUUUUAGCCUGCACAUUCAAGAUAUUAAUGAUAAUGCGCCUCAGUUUAACGAAGAAUCCAUCAACAUUGAAAUUCGAGAGUCGGCAGACAGGGGAGCUCGUUUUGUGAUAGAGGAGGCGCACGAUGCGGAUGUAGGACAAAAUUCAGUUCAGCAAUACAGCCUUAAGCAGAAUGAGAAUUUUAUUUUAGCUGUUGAUGGAAAUACAAUAGAGUUGGUUCUUGAUAAAGAGCUUGACCGAGAAAAGCAAAAAGAGAUGAAUUUGCUUCUCACAGCUCUAGAUGGUGGAUCUCCUCAGAGAUCAGGUACUGUAGUCAUACACGUUACUGUUCUGGACGCUAAUGAUAACGCCCCGGUGUUCAGCCAGGCCGUGUAUAAAGCAAGUCUGCCUGAAAACUCUCCUAUAGAUACAGUAGUUAUUAAUGUUAGUGCUACUGACGCAGAUGAAGGAGUGAAUGGAGACGUAGCAUAUGACUUUGGGCAUGUUUCUGAGGAGGUGAAGAAGCUUUUUAGUAUUGACCGUAAAAACGGAAAGAUAAAGGUUAACGGUGCGAUUGACUACGAAGUCGUUGCAACAUAUGAUGUACGCAUUAAAGCGAAGGAUGGGUUAGGAUUGUCAUCAUACUCAAAAGUAACCGUUGAUAUUAUUGAUGUCAAUGACAACAUACCUGUAAUCUAUGUGAAAUCUCUGUCUAACCCCAUACCUGAGAACGUGUCACCUGGUACAGAGGUGGGCAUCAUUAACGUACAGGAUGCAGAUUCUGAUAACAACCAAAAGGUCCGCUGUUCCAUCCAGCAAAACGUCCCUUUUAAGUUGGUUCCUUCUAUUAAAAACUAUUAUUCUCUGGUGACCACUGGACAUCUGGACCGUGAACUAGUGUCUGGUUACAACAUUACAAUCACCGCCACUGAUGAGGGCUCUCCACCUCUGUCCUCCUCUAAAACUGUUGAGUUAUCUGUAGCUGACAUCAACGAUAACCCACCUGUGUUUGAGGAACGGUCCUACAGUGCAUAUGUGAGUGAAAAUAACAAACCUGGCUCCACAUUGUGUUCCGUUACUGCUCGAGACCCUGACUGGAGACAAAACGGCACAGUGAUUUAUUCUCUGUUAGCUGGUGAGGUGAACGGUGCCCCGGUGUCCUCCUAUCUAUCUGUUAAUGGAGACACAGGAGUGAUCCAUGCUGUGAGGUCGUUUGAUUAUGAACAGUUCAGGAGUUUUAAAGUCCAUGUGAUGGCCAGAGACAACGGAUCUCCUCCACUCAGCAGCAACGUGACAGUGAGUGUGUUCAUAUCGGAUGUGAAUGACAAUUCUCCUCAGAUACUGUACCCUGCCCCAGAGGGUAACUCCUUCAUGACCGAGCUGGUCCCCAAAGCUGCACACGGAGGCUCUCUGGUGUCCAAAGUGAUAGCGAUGGACGGAGAUUCUGGACAGAACGCCUGGCUUUCUUAUCAUAUUGUCAAAUCCACUGAUCCUGGACUUUUCACUAUUGGUCUUCACAGUGGAGAGAUCAGGACACAGCGGGACAUUUCAGAAUCUGACAGUAUGAAACAGAACCUUAUUGUGUCAGUGAAAGAUAACGGACAGCCCUCUCUCUCUGCCACCUGUUCCAUGUAUUUACUUAUUUCUGAUAACUUGGCUGAGGUGCCAGAACUGAAGGACAUUUCUUAUGAUGAGAAGAAUUCCAAACUGACCUCUUAUCUGAUCAUCGCUCUGGUGUCUGUGUCCACCUUCUUUCUGACCUUCAUCAUCAUCAUCCUGGGUGUGAGGUUUUGUCACAGGAGAAAGCCCAGACUGUUGUUUGAUGGAGCAGUUGCCAUCCCCAGCGCUUAUCUCCCUCCUAAUUACGCAGAUGUUGACGGAACAGGAACUUUACGCAGCGCUUACAACUAUGACGCCUACCUGACAACAGGUUCAAGAACCAGUGACUUUAAGUUUGUGACAUCUUACAAUGACAACACGCUGCCUGCUGACCAGACUCUGAGGAAAAGUCCUUCAGACUUUGUUGAGGAUUUUGGAGAAUUAGAAGAGUCUUUGCAGGUAUGA